UUUUGACUCGCAGGGCAGGCGAUUGCCGUGGGGUCUUGAGUAUGCAGAGUGAGUAUGAGUGUCUGGUGCCGUGGACGAGGAUGAGCUGCAUGGAUAGCUAGGAGCACGCAAUUGCUUCACACAGCAUACUUCCGCGCAAUGAAUUGUUUUUCAAUUUACAAUUCACCAAGGAGACAUACUAACGAGUAUAACAGCAACGACCACAGCCAGCGAUCACGGAUACCCGAAGAGAAGGGCCCUUUCGGCAAGGCGCGCAAACGCGGGUCGACACGCGCAAAGACACCCACGGCCAGGUCUGCCGAGGACAGCGCGAAGCUCGACAACCUGCGCGCGAUCGAUGACAUCUUUGGGCGGAUCAAGGCCGAAGAGGAGCAGAAGCGCUCGCUGUCGGGGCACGCUGUGGCCGCACUACCGCCGUCAGCGUCUGCGCCGAACCUGUUAGAAAACGGAGGUCUGCUUGGCACAUCGUACCACGGCGGCGGGCCUGCAAAUCUCAUAACAAAGGAGCCGAAGGAAGUGAUCCUGUACGGCUACGGCGUCGAGUCGCAGUGGGCAGCCAUCGACUUCUUCGAGAAGGUCUCCAACGGCAUCAUCUACGAGGAAUACGACCGCGAGCCCUACAACCCCAAGUUCAACUAUGCCUUCGCCCCAAACCGAUCCUCACAUCUGCGCGCGCUCUCGAGGGCAGCACUGAGCAGGGUCAACCAGUUCGUGGGCGGCGAUCACUGGAUAAAGGUUACAUUCGAUUCAGCAGAAGCCGCCGAGCGCGCAUGCCACUACUCUCCGCACAACAUCCAGGGCUACACCGUUUACGCCGAAGCAUACAGAGGCACCGGCCCGCAAGGCAGCGACCGCGCUCUCCACGCCCAGAUCGGCGGCGCAGCCUCCCUCAUGUCCUCCCCACAAACCGGCACCUCGAGCACAAUACCAGACACCUCAAUGACCGCCUCCUCCGCGACUGCAACGAACGCCGCACCCAUCGGCCUUCCGCGCUCAACAGCCAUGCCCAUCUUCCCCACCGGAGCCGGCUCCUUUCCUACCGACGACGCUUUCGACCGCGCUCCGGCCCCCGUGCCCGUCUCACGCCAGAGCCAGACCCAAACCAUGACCACAUCCGCCCAGCUCGCCCCAACAUCGCGCCGCACAACCCUCCGCCUCAAAGGCGCAAACGUCAAGCCUGCCGUCUUCAUGCCGCAAGAGAAAGCCUUCCUGCCGGCGCCGCCGCGGUGGCAGCAAACGUUCGGCAGCCUGCCGAUUAUUGGGUGGGUGAUUGGGAGCGGGCAGGGGAUCAUAGGGGAUCAGGUGCCGCGCAAAGAGGAUGGGAGUUUCGAUGCUGCGACGGCGAGUCUGUAUUGGCGUGCUUGGUAUAGUGUGGAUUCGUGCCUUGGGACAGACUUUUGCGGGGUGCGGGAGGCGGAGUACGAUGACUAAAGAGCAGGGGAACACGAUGCAUGAUAAAAGGGAUCGGAGUUGGUUGCAUUGGGCGGCGUUGUGGCUUUGCAUGAACGAGGCCUUGGUUGCUCUUCCUCAAUCGCAUUCUAUACAUGCGUAAUCGCAGCGCGAGCACGCAAGCAAUCUGACAUCUUGAAUGCUAUUGGAGACGCUCUUUUGAAUAUAAUUGCUAACCUGGAUGCCAACGCCUGCGCCUGCGCCCGCGCCUAACACCACAUGUGGAGUGUACACUCAUACAUCAUGCAUCU